AUGGCUGAAAGCAUCACACAUACUGAAGACGCCACAUCAGAAGGCGGCAACCCUCCCAAGGAACCCGGCGAAACACGCACCCCGUCUCCCGGUGCAAGUGCCCCUGCUACCGCCGCUGCCACCACCGCCGCCGCUCCGACCGCGUCCAAGCCCAACGGCACCACAACAAAACCAUCCGCUAUCCUCGCCAACUGCGAACCCAAGCCUCUCAUGGCCACACCUUACUCGGAUCGCAUCCAGGCCGCCAUGCGCGAAGGAAGCGUUCGCAUCCCCACGGAGGAGCGAGAGAUUCGGGCGCGCGAGUUGAUCGUGUUUUCCGACAGCGAGACCGAGUCCAACCUCUCGCGUCCUCCCUCCCCGGACCGCGAUCGCUUUCCCAAGCACCGUCUUAGCGGCCUCCAGAGCAAAGAUCACAAUAUCGUCAAGCAUGGCCUCGAAGCGGAAGGUCUGGACGGUCUCGCUGCUCGUCUCGAACUGACGCGCGAGAACAGCCCGUACGACAUCCGUGCCCAGCUCGCCGCGCCCGGCACCAGUCUUCCCUCUCUCGUUGCCUCCAGGCGUCCCUCGGCCGGCGCCGCUCCAGCUCAGGCCAAUGCUGCAUCUGCGGCGUCUGCUGCUGCCGCUGCCGCUGCAGCUGCUUCGCGCCCCUCAUCGCCUCCACCGCGCGCCAUGUCGCCCAGCAAAGCGCCCGCUUCCACCAAGCUCAGCCACAACACGCUCUCCGGACCUACGAGUGCCACCUUCUCUUCGGCCAGCAGCACCACGCCGCGGCCCCAGGCGCCUACCGAGCCUACACGCGUUCCCUCCAGCACCGGCGAGGCCAAGCCGAAGGAGAAAGAGGCCAAGGGCAUGUUCCAUCGCAUGCUGUCCGGUGCCGGUCGCGGGUUUUCCGACAAGGACAAAGCCGACGCUGCUGCCUCCAACAGCCCUAGCCGCGAACGUCCAUCGCCACGCACUGCUGCCAGCCAGCAGGGCAGCGGUCACAUUUCGCCCUUGCGCUCCCCCUCGCUCAGCCGAGGCUCCACGCCUCCCACCAGCCCGCGCAAUGAGAUGGACGAGCCCGGUCUGGCUGCUUCGUACCAGGCCAUGAACCUCACCAGCCCACCCACCAGCCAGCCGCCCAGCCGCAACGUCUCGAUCAAGCGCAAGGACGGCAAGCCCGAGGGCAGCUCCAAGGAUGGCAGCGCCAACGAAGGCAGUCGACUCACGGUGGCAGCCUUGCGCGACUGGGACGCCAAGGGCAAGCCCGACAAGUCGAGCAGCAGCAAGAAAUCGGAUCGCGGCAAGGACGGCGACGCCAAGUCCACUGCCAGCUCGACGCUGCGCGACAUGAUCAUGGGCAGCGCGCCCAAGCUCUCGCGCCGAGGCUCCAGCGCCAGCCACGGCAACAAGUCGGAUGGAGGCAGCAAGAAGGGCGGCAGCGCCAAGGGCAGCGCCGCUGGAGGCGAGACUGCCAGUCUGCUCAAAAAGUACGGUGUAUGCGAGAAGGCCGCCAUCGGCAAGGGCGCCACCGCGGUGGUGCGCCUGGCGCAUAAGUGGGACCGAUCCACCGAAAAGCUUUACGCCGUCAAAGAGUUCCGCAAGCGUCGCAAGAACGAGACCGAGAAGGAGUACGUCAAGAAGCUCACCUCGGAAUUUUGCAUUUCGUCGACGCUGCACCACAUCAACAUUGUCGAAACGGUCGAUCUGGUGCAGGACGAGAACCGACAUUGGUGCGAGGUCAUGGAGUACUGCCCUGGUGGCGAUCUGUACGCUGCCAUCAAGCGCGGAGGCAUGUCGCAGGCCGAGGUCGAGUGUUCGUUCAAGCAGAUCCUCAACGGCAUCUUCUACCUGCACUCGAUGGGUGUAGCGCAUCGCGACAUCAAGCCCGAGAACUUGCUGCUGGACGGACACGGUCACAUCAAGAUCACGGACUUUGGUGUCUCGGACGUGUUCAGGAUGUGCUGGGAAAAGUCGACGCACUACUCGAAGGGUCUCUGCGGAUCCGAGCCUUACAUCGCGCCGGAACAGUUUGAGAAGAAGGAGUACGAUGCCAGGCUCGUCGACGUGUGGGCCGCCGCCGUCGUGUUUUACUGCAUGCAGUUCCAGGAGCUGCCCUGGCGCGUUGCCAAGAUGUCGGACCCAACGUUCAAGGAGUAUGUUCAAUCGUACGCGACCAGCCCAGCGCCGUCGCCGCUCUCGAACUUGAGUCCGAGAGAGUGCCGACCGCUCCUCAAGAAGAUGCUGUGUCCCGAUCCCAAGGGCAGGUGGACGAUGGACGAGGUGUUGAAGGAUCCGUGGUUGAUGUCGGUGCCUCUUUGCGAGGAGGGCAAGCAGAACGAUCAUACCCACUCGGCUGCUCCUAGCGCUGCUAGUCAGGGGUGA